AUUCAUGACGCAAGUUUUCUGUUGCCGGUAUUUCCGAUGGAAACAAAUCAUCAUUCAACUGUAUUAAAUACAAGUUUAGUUGUCAUAGCAACUCUGAAUGAAGUUUUGGUGUGUGCUGAAUAUGUUUUGUCUUGUGUAGAUGUCAACAUAUGUUAAUUCUGCGAAAAGGUAUAUUUAUGUUCUGAACAAUCCCUGAAGCGACUUCGUAAUUUAUUGCAGGAAAGGGAGAUUUGCGAGAAGAAAAGUGAUUGAAUGAAUUGUCUGUGUCUGAAGUGUAGGUGAUAUCUUUUCGGCGAAAGUCAAUCGACAACAUCCUAAUAAAAUUCCAACCGCAUAACAAGACAUCGACGUUGUAUUUUGUUAGAAUAUUAUCAAUAAUAUCUACCACGUGGUUAUUCAGAGUGUGUCUGUCAAACAUCAUUCAAUUUAUUUUACAGUCUAAAACAAUCUGAAUGCUGGUUACUCAUGUGUUUCCAAAAAAAUCUCUACGUGCACCCAUUCCUGUUGAUGUCAUCUGUUUACAACUAAUCAAGACAACAUAUUUUACUCGCAGACAAUAUUUGUGGCACAUGUGAUCGUCGGAUUUUCGUUACCGGGGCCAAAAGUUUUACCAUUUAGGCCUCUACAAUCCCGUGCUAUCUUGAAUCACAUGUUCUGCCCACUCCGUUAUUGGCCACUAAAUUUUAAGUAGCUGAUUGGUUAAAUAAAAGUGCCCGCCGAAUAACCGUUGAAAUAGGACAGAAACUGUGCAGAGUGGUCAAACAACCAUCAACUUGACACGCUGGUUAUGCUUCCUUCUUAACUACGGAAUCAAGACGUCAAGAAAAACCCGCCCUUCCUUCUCACUAAACCCUGAUACAUCUAGUUUUUCCCUCUCACUCAUUGCCACAUGGACCUAACCUAACCAGUCAACAACAAGGCAACAAAGAUAAAAAAAUAAUAGAAAGGAGAAAAGAAGAGGCGAAAAACAGUUUCGUCACGCGAAGAACAUUAAUAUUACAUACAGAGUUGAGCUGUUGUGAAUAGCAGGCCCGGGAUUUCAGCGAGAUACUUCCAGCAGGAUUAUUAAUUAUAUCAGACAGCAAAACAGUUUUUCCAAGCCUUCUCUUCCGGUUUUAUGACAGACAUUUCUAUUACCUUCAGUGAUGAUCGUCAGAUGAAGAUAAUAUUUGGCUUGCUACAAUUGCCAUUCGUUUUUAUUUGCACCGUAACUGUGGUCACGGAUAAUGUGCAUUCAUGUGACAAGAAUCGCUUUCGUGUCUCUAUCAUCCUGUUACGUCUCAUCAGUCUGUGGACUGUUAAAGUGACUGUGUGCAUCGUUGUCUCUGUCGGUUUCUACGGAAGCUGUGAACAGCAACUAAACACAUCAGCGAUACAACAGCAAUUAUCUGCUCUUGAUAGAAGGACAAGUGUCAAAGCAAAGUUCGAACGAGAUUCCCGUGUGUAAGACUCGAACUUAAACACUUUCAGAAAGAUAUUGAUGUCGUAAUUACAUAUUUUGUGAUACUUUUCUUACGGCUACAGAAUUGUGUUCAGAAAAUUAUAUAAGGUGAAUAUAACUGCACGGGACCGCGUGAAAGACAACUUAAUGACAAAAGUUAAGACAUCUACUAAAAAUUUUGUCGUCUAAUGCAGCAUAAUUUUGUGAUACAGUGCCUAUACAUUAACUUUAUUUUGUUGUAAGUAAAGAAAAAGAGAAACAUUGAUUUGAAGUCGACGAUAGUGCAGUGCCUAUAAAUAAGAACCGUUUAAUAAAAUUACUAGCCUAACCUGGCCAUGUAACCAUUAUAUAAACUCUAAGUUUUAGUGAUGUAGGCAGUUCUUAGGGAAAGGUUGAAGAUUUUGGUGCGUGCUUAAGGGGAGAAUAAAACAUAAAAGAAAAUAAUGGUGGAAGAAGGAAGUACGAAAUACCUUGAAACUGAAAACUUACAGCCAUAUACACACAAACCCACAACCGUCGCAUGCAAGAAAGAAAAGAGCGAGGAAAAACGUUGUUCUCUUCUGAUUGCGACAUGUUAAGACAUUAUCUCACUUUUGUAUCCCAUGUUUUAGUCGGCAUGAAAUGAAUUUCUUAGCGUGAAGAAUUAUAUCGUAACUUAGGCAGGGAUUCUAGUGUAAAAAGCGGAAAAGUUGUGUUCAGACAAGAAAUUAUAGUGUUUGUACGUAUGAAAGAUUAUUUACAUGGGAGAAAGACUGAGGUUGUUUUUAAUUUGUGGAUGAGAGACCAAGGAAAAGCGGAGGAACAGUGGACGAGAUAAAGUGAGAUUGAUACAGACGUGAAGAAGGCUCUUGUCAUAGCCGCAGUGCUGGAAAUAGGAACAACAUACUGCCUCUGUGGACCACAGACACUUGUCGCCAGGUGUACGAACAUUGUUCAAUAUUGGCAAUUAACAUUUUCAAGGCACGAAGUUUUCUGCACAAUUGUCAUCAUUAUUUACGCGAAACAGCAACAAAAAGAACGGCAGAUAGAGCUCACCACGAAGACGACAAAGAGGAGAAAGAAAAAGAAACGAAAGAAGGAGGGGCGGAUGCAAGGAGCAUUUCUAUUGGUGGUGGAUUCGCCCAGCAGUAUUUGCUUCAGCAACUUCCAGAGGAAAAGUGUUGGGACGUCGUCAUCAGUUCCAAUUGCUCCUCCUACUACGGAGUGGUUGUCACCAGGACAACAGUCUCGACAACGACCGGAAAUUACGUCUAACAUUGGUGACCAGAGGUCGCAGGCGACACUCUUCAACAUCUUUUACCCCUUCUUUACAUCUUUGCUGUUACCGUGGAGGGUAUCAGACAACUUUAAAACGGGACAGCUUUAGUAGACCCAACUGCAAAAGAAAGAAAAUUACAUAUACAAUAAACUUUACUGAAAUAAAAUAGUUAUUUCGUCUCUCUUACCUCUAAGGUUUCCAUUUUAAGUUGUUUCGACGCCAUUUUUAAAAAUUUACUGUUAACAUACAGCUCCCUCAUCAGGGUGACUCCCGAGUGUCUGUUUUUUAAACUUACCUCGUAUAAUAUUUUUUCACUAUUUUGUUUAUGACGGCUAACAGUCGAAGUGUUCUACCAGAAUAGUGUUGCUUCUGAAGAAAUAUUAGGAGGUGUGAAGGAGUUAAAAGUGUUGUCAUCAAGAGCGAAAACGGGUGUUUGAAUGGGAAUUAAAAGUGGUAUAUAAAGUGAUUUUGUGUUGGGCAGUGGUCGGGGUAUUUUAUGCGUUACAGUGUGUUCACAAUUGUUUUGAUUUUCAGGGAGGGGGUUGUGUGUGUCUGUGUGUUUCCGUUAAGACGCCUCCUCCCUUAAAUUAUAAAGGUGAGGCAAGCAGUGAGUAGCGGUGGUGGUGGGUGUGGAGGUGGAAGACGUCAUGAGUUCCUACUUUGCUAACAAUUACAUCCCGGACCUACGCAACGGUGGCGUGGUAUCCGCGGAGCAUCCCCACCAACACCAGCAUUAUGGGGCCGCCGUGGUGGCGCAAGGUGGCGGGCCGGGUGGCGCCGUCACGACAGACCCGAGUUCCUGUGCCGGUGGUGACCACACCGUUGUAGGGCUCAGACAGGGUAUCCCUCCGCACCAUUAUGGGGGCCCUCCCACCGCGGGUCAGCCACCUCAGGGUAUGCCGUACCCCAGAUUCCCACCUUACGAUCGCAUGGAUAUCAGAAACGCGGCGUACUACGGGGCACAGCAGCAGGGCAGUGGAGGAGGGCUCAUGGCGGAUGGCAAUGGAGCCGGUGGAGGUGGGGGUGGAUACCGAUCAAAUUCGCCAAGUAACGGGGGAAUGGGACAUCUGGGAGGGGGUGGGCCCCCUAAUGGACAUCAGACGCCAGUGGUGUACGCAAGUUGCAAACUGCAAGCAGCAGCAGUUGGAGGUUCUGGUGCCCUUGGUUCCGGAAGUCCACCGUUAGAAGGCCCUCCGCAGGCAACGCUCAAUAACCACAGUCAUCAAAAUCAUCAUCAUUCUCAACAGCAGCAUGCGAACCACCAACAGGGACCUCCUCCGCAUCACUUGCAAGCGAAUCACCAACAUCAGCAUCCCCAUCACAAUCACCAGGCCGCGGCGCAGAAUCACCUCAUGUACAACAACGUGAGUCAGCAGCCUUGCGAGCAGGGACCGCCCCAUCACCAGCAGGUGGUUGCGCAACAGACAGCGACGGCUCAACCCCCGCAGCAACCACCCAGCAACACCGCGUCCACCCUGCCCAGCCCGCUGUACCCCUGGAUGAGGAGUCAGUUCGAGAGGAAGCGAGGACGACAAACAUACACGAGGUACCAGACAUUGGAGUUGGAGAAGGAAUUCCACUUCAACCGCUACCUGACCAGAAGACGAAGAAUUGAGAUCGCCCACGCCCUGUGUCUCACGGAGCGGCAGAUCAAGAUUUGGUUCCAGAACAGACGCAUGAAGUGGAAGAAGGAAAAUAAGUCGAAACCUGAGGGUGGUCAAAACGGUGACGGGAACGCUGGCUCGGACAUAACACCACAAACCUCACCGCAAUAAAAGUAACAGUUUCACUCUCAGCCGCUGGUUUCAAGGGAAAAUGAUAACCGUUCGUUUCCCUUUCGUCAGACUGUUUUCUUUUCUAUUUAUAAAUGUAGUCAAAAAAAUAUUUUCUUCUGGAGCCAAAUUAAGACAACCCUAGAAGAUCUGAAAUGACUUUAAUUACAGGAACGUACUUGGAAAUAAGCUCAACAAAUAACUUCGAGGAAGUUGAAUGUCUUUCUCGAAUAUAAUCAUUAAAUAAAUAACGACAUUCGUAUUUGUUGAUAAUAAUAAUAAUAAUAAUAAUUAAAUUUGCUGGGGUUUUGCUUUAAUUCUCUAAAAUUAUUUUAUGUUUAUUGUGCUCUCUCAGUGAAUGAAUAUUUCCAUGACAUGAACUUCUCCCAAGUCAAUACAGUGCAUACGUUGACCUUGAACGAACUUUUCUUAAAGAAUUUGGAUAGAGCAUUUAUUUUCGGCAAAAUUAUGUUAUUUAAAUUCGCUAUCACUUAUUUUCACUAUGUAAAUGAAAGCCAGAGUUACGAUUACCCGGUUAAUAUUUUUUAUACAGUUGAUAAUUUUUCUUUUUUAAGUUAUUUUUUUGGAAAGAUAGUUAAGAAUACUCAUCCCCCCUUGAGGAAUGAAGCCAUUGUUCAAGCGUCCGAGAUAAAGUGUGAAGUGUGGAGCGGGUGUUAAACAUCGAUAUUGUGAUAGUAAAGAAUAACAACACUCUGUUGCAUGGACGGUCAUUAAAUAUAGCGUGCGGAACAGAAAUAAUGUUUAUCUUAGUAACAUCGAAUUCUUGAGAAAAUAAUAAGAAAGCUGACUGAGCCAAAGCAGUUCCCUGUGGCGUGUUUCACGUGAAGUCCAUAAGUGAAGUUUCAUAAACAGUGGAAAGCUAUUAUACAAGAACACAAAAACAAAAAAAUGAAUAAAGUGAGAGGACAUCGAAAAACCAAUCAAUAUACGUAAUGUAUCCCUCCAACGUUGAUAUACGAGACGCACAGUGAAAACUAUCAAGAAUUGCAAAGAAAUAAAAAAAUUUAAAGUUUAAUCAUCAGAUACACGAGAACAAGGAUGCAGAAAAAUAAUGUUCCUUAGUGGUACCCUAUAGUGUUCUAAGGUUAUAACGCAAUAAAUUCUGUAAUUUACGUGCAAGAUCUCAAAAAAAGUGCUUACUGGAUGUGCAAAGUGUUUCAAACCUCCCUUCUUCAUCUCUUCAAAACGUUACAUAAAAAAUUCGUACCGAUAGAAGAUUUUAGUGCCAAGAUAUAUCGGAUUGUCCCCGUUCAUGUGUAAUACAUCCACACCCUCGGUAAAUAAAUGCAGCGAAGCUGUGUAAAAUGUCCAAGUGACCCUUCAGCAGUCACAGUUCUCCACUGAAGUGAUUACCUCAAUUGUCGAAGAGUCAGCUUUAACGCCAGCAGAUCAUGAACUUCUUACCAUCUAGUAAGUUCAGACUUCGUAUUUUUCUUCUGGAUUUAACGCCACAACAGAAAGGUCAGUGUUGAUAUGCUGCUGAUAGAAAUAUUUUACGCUUGUGAACCGGAGCCAAUGAUGACGAGUACUAUAUUUAGUACAAUGAGAAGUUACAGAAAGAAGGACAAAACUUGAACUGUACUUCCAAAUGCUCAUCUUUGUCCCGGAUGAAAUAUUUCACCAUUGUUAGUUAACAUAUGUGAUUAUUUGUACAUGUUUAAAAUCUACUUUAUUGGAAAACUGAAAUAACUUAGUAUUUGACCAGCUUUCAGAUCAUAGUACUUUCUCACAUAACAGACAAUGGUGAAAUUUCAGAACUCAAAAUGGUUAACAUUCUUAUCUGACUGUUUAAUGGGUAACUCUGAUGUUGUGUUUAAUGAAGUUAGUGGUGUGUUUUUUAGUCACCACUCAUUUGUGUGCGUGUGAACAUAUGCUAAAAGCAAGUGUCAGAGAAUAAAUGCAAUCGAAGCUACAAUAAAAAACAACUAAAUAAGUUAUGUUUACUUUGUGAUGCCAGGACUGGAUUCAAGAAACUGGUAUAAAUGUAACUUACGAAAAUGGGCAAUUAUUCCCAUUACUAGAUCAGAUAUAGGGCGAAAAUAUUCAUUAAGUAAAGCAUAAGACGUUUGUCAAUAUACGAUACAUAUAUUUAUAUGUAAUGAGACAGUCAUUUUAGGAAACGUGUAAUAUUAGUGUUCACUUAUGUAUUAUUACAAAAAAAAUUUAAGGCAAUUUUGAUUUAUAAAUUCGUGUUAUUUCAUAGUAUAUACUUAUAUUACACGUCUCAGUAUAACAUCCGACUUGAGAUUUGAUGAAUUCGUUUAAUAUGGAUUAGAUUGAUAUCAGGCAAAAUUUUAUAAAACAAUUGGGUCUUCUAAUAUGUGUUAUAACUUCAAAUUUAAUUAUUUGAGAACAGGGGUCUUGUCUGAGUACAUCAAAGUAUGACACUUUUCUUUUCGAGUGAAUUUUGGUACGGUUAGUAAUCGGAGUUUCCGUUUCGUAACGUCAUCUUCAUAUUGAAUGUUAAUUCCAUCAAUUCAAAAGUCUCAAAUCAUGUUAUUGGCUCUGUGAAGUCAUACUUAUGUGCAAUGAGGUGGUAAGAGAAAGCAUGAUAGGCCUACAGUUUGGUCGCUGCAUAUUUUAAAGAAGAGAUAUCACUGUGAGUUGGGGGAUGGUAUUCUUAAUAAUCGUUUUAGCAUUCUUAAAGAGAGUGACGAGUUGAUUCUUGUUUUAAUUUUAACCGUGAUUAUACCAAAGGUUAUGUAGAAACAAUACUUUUGUUGUUUUCCUCUUAUUAUCUUCGUAUUUCACGCUCCAAACUGUUUUUGGCUAAAAGAAUAAUUUUAAAAAUUUAGAUUUAAACGAUGUUCAGUCCUUUUACAGGCGAAUGUAAGUUACUUAGUUACUUUUUAAUGUGUUAACCUCUGGGUGUAAUUAUUUUCAUUUCAGAGGCAAUUACGCAUUCACUUUUGAACACUAUGAUAAAUUGAGAAAUUUAAAUAUGUGAGGUUUAGCCAGGCCUAAGGAGUGUAAUGUUUAUUGAAACUUCACAUCACUCUGCAAGGGAUUACGUAGUAUCCAAUUAUAUUUUCAUGUGUCCCCUAUUACUACAUUUAAAGUUAACAUCAGUGAAAGCGUUUAUUGUUAAUACAGAAAUAAAAUACACUUAAAAAGAGCUAUUUUGUAUACCAGAAGCAUUCUCCCUUAACUUGAGCAUAAAUAAGGAAAUAUUCGUUAGGAUGUUGUAGUUGUUUUGUGCAUAAUUAUAGUAAUUUUGUCCAAUAACAUGUGGAAAUUUUGAAAAUGAGCAAACGAAAUACGUGAGAUCAAGAAUGCCCCUUGCAUCUCUUUGAUAUUAGAGUAUUGUAUACGUAAUAAUUAUAAAUAUUGCAAAUCUCAUGCAUUGUAACUUAUUUAUACACCAAUAAGAAAUAUACAUUUUUUUCUGUUCCGAAAUUGUAAAAUGUGUAUAGGUGAGAUUAGAUAAUAAUUUGUGCUGUGUUAAAUAUUGUAUCAUUAAUAACAUUUAUUCGGACUUACAUCCUUCUUGUAAGAAACAGUUCUCGGGAUUAAUUCUAUUUUUGUUUGUUUGAGAUUUCUUUUAAAUACAUGAAACAAGAAAACAAAGUUAUUGAAGAAGACCGAUAUUUAAAUAUUGUAAUAUAAUAAUUAUUUAAAGGCGAAACAUCGGUCAUCUUGUAACAUUGUUUUUUAAUAAAAUAAUUCUUCUUCGUCGUCUUUGUAUAAAAGUAUUUUUUCGGAAGGAAAGAUUCUAUAUAUAAAUACAUGUGUGUCGUGUCGAGUUCUAUAUAUACACUAUGAAAUAAGAAAAUACGUAUAAAUAUAUAAAUAUUAAAUAUAAUUCGAUUAAGACCAUGUGGUUUUUGCGCGCGUUCGUAUAUAAUAAGAGACAUUCGAUAAGAAAAAAAUAAAAACGCAUGUUUUGUCACGUAAAAAUACAUAGUACAUUUGUCUGUAGUCAGAAAACAGGAAUUACUGUAAUUUUUCGUAGUACACAUUACUGUCAGUGUGGUUUUGUAGUAAUUGUACAAAAAUACGUUUACUUUGUAGCCGGGAGAGCUGUGGGGUACUGCUCCCCGCAGAUGGGCGUACAGUUCCUCAUAAAUAGUUCCGGGUAUUCCCCGGGUUUUUGUUAAUAAGAACCCAAGUCGCGCAUGCGUGUUUUAGGCUUAUCUGUCAUUAAUUAAACAUGCAAAUACUAGGGGUUACGUGUUCUUAAUGUGCGUUCUCAGUACCAGACUUCGGCGAAUUCUCAAAAACCGUCUUCAGUAAUUCUCCUAAGGAAAUUAGUAGCUGAUGAACCAUGAAAUGUACCUAAAUAUGUCUGUCUAAUUCUAUUGAAACUGUGGUACUAAAAUAGUUGAGUCUGAGAACUAUCAUUAGGAUUUUCAAUCACCAAGAAAGAAUUUCUUUUACAUCGUUUACGAAAAGUACACAACGGUCAUAUACAUGAAUCAGGAGUCAUGAAAUUUUACAAUUUUGGUACAAUAUUAGCCGAAGUGAGUGUCAAGAAGACUGAGCCGUCAAUGCAUGCAAUUUUCACCUUAUAUACGUAAAAGAACGCAUGGAACAGGUUUUAAUUUAUGGUGAUACGUAGAUAUACGUAAUCAAAACAAAAUCCUUCCAGAAAGAAAACUUAUCGAACUGCAAUAUUUGCAGUUCUGUUAUUUCGUCUACAGUACUUGUAAAGGCCUAUUGUUGUUUGGAUUUUUUCAGAAAACGCAUUUUUCUUAAUUAAUGUUAUAGUCAUUUCACAUAACCUGCAUGUAGCCCAAGAUACAUUUUCAAACCUGAAUUGUUUCCUUCUUAAAUAUAAUAAAAAUGUAUCAGUGUUACGUCCGAAUGGGAGAAAAAUAUAUUAUACGCCUCUGUAUUUAAUUUUGAAAUAUGUACUUACGCUGACCCAUUAGCAAACAAAUUCAAAGACAGUAUUUUGUGAAGAACCAUAUUAACUUCAUUGACUGGUUGGUGUUCUAGAAUCACCUACCUGAAUGGAACCCAUGUGCCAUGAAAAUAAAUUUUAAUUGUAUGAAAUGACCUGACAUGAGUCUUUCAUACUGUGAAUGAUAGUAUACGAAAAAAUUCUAUCCACACUGAGUUUUUUUAAAGUAGUUUUGUAAAAUUCCAAACGAAUAGUAUUUUAAGUCUGACAUUUAAGAUUGUCAACUUUCGUUUGAAGAGAAUGCAGUCAUAAAUACAAAAGAAGCCAAAUUAUACGUAUGCUUAGGCCUAUUAAACGAGUCGAGUCUUUUAUUUCAGUCUAAUCACUUAUACCCUCCUACUGCAGUCCUUCACACACAUAGAACGCUAUAUACAUAUAUAAAGCAUCAUAGAUGUUUAUAUAUAAAAUAGGCUUAAAUUAUAUUAGACAUUGAAAUACCUCAUAAUUUUUUCGUGAUCUAUUGUGUUUUUUUUUUGUUUUUUUAG